AUGUCCAUGCCAACCAAGCAUCGUCCCAAACGCCGCCGUGUGCAAGAGGAAGAGCCUGCGCCUCCGUGCAUCCCUAAGCAUAUCAACCAAUCCCCUCCAUCUCCAAUGAACGACUCUCACGAGAUCAAACACUGCCGAGUCAUAGCCUCAUACAACUGGAUCGCCGACUCCAAUCCCACCAUCAUGAUUCCAGGCCGUCCACGAACCGUGUCCCUUGAAUCCCGAUCCAUUUCCAAAUCCACCUCCAAAUCAAUCCCCCGCUCUGUCAACUCCUACAUCCACGACCCCAACACAACCUCCUACCCAGCAUACCCCCUCCUCCCAGCCCUCGAAGCACUCCUACACACCCACCCCUCCUACGAUACCGUCUCCAUCGACGUGGUCACCUGCUCCCAGACUAUCGAGCACCUCCUUCGGCUGCUAUUCGAGAAAGGCUCUCGCUUCCGCAUCCUUCUCCAGGCUUUUGGAAACACGGUCUUCUUCCUCCCUCGUCAGGAGACCCAGGACCUGAGGCCUGAUCUGAAGGGGUAUAGGGAUUCGUUUCCGGAGUGGGUUGCCCCGUGGAGUCAGGAUGUGUCUGGUUCGAGGUCUCAUCAUCGGGUGUUGGAGUAUGAGAUUGGGGGGUUGAAGUGUGUGGUUAGUGGGGAGGGAGAGGGGUAUGUGCCUGAGUUUGAGAAGGGGAAGGGGAGGGCUGUGGAGAGGAACCCUGAGGCUGAGGCUGAGGCUGUGGGUGAAGAGUUCACCGCGCUGAGUGGGUAUUCUGAGGAUAGCGAGCCGCUGCUCAUUCUGGAGGGUGGAGCUGCGGUUCCGCGCAAUGCGGUCUGUGAUAUCGAGACGUGCUCGGUGCUGAAUCAGAGCCAGGGCCAGAACCAGAACGAGGUGGUGGAUCAUCAGAAGAUGGCGAGGAUGUGGGCUCGUCAGGUGCAGAAUACGCUGGUUGGGUUUCAUCAGGACGGAGUCUUUAGUCGGGUGGAGGUGAAGAAUGUGCGCGAUGAGAUCAUGGAGUGGCAGAGUGCGCAGGGGAAGAGGAUCAAGAAGUUCACGGAGCUGCUGGGAGAGAUGGUUGAUUUUGCGAGGAUGAGACAGGGUAGGAUGUUUGAGCUGCGCAAUGGAGAACGCGGGCUGGAGAUGAAGGACGUCGAUGGCGUCAAUCCGCUGGUGCCGGACAAGUUGGCGAUGCGCAUAGAAAUUGAGAUUCUCCUUGAUCUAUUAGAGUAA